UAUAUACACACAGCAAGAAAGCAGACGACCGUGGAAGCUGGGGAAGUAAACUCGGAGACUGGGUUUGUUCGAGAUUUAUUUUUCCGCAAAAUGAAUGACACAAGAAUUAAUUGUUAAUGCGCAAUUCAGCGCGUGAUUAUCGAUUACGUAUAGAACGGUUAUUUUAUCGAUUAUCUCCGAUGACUUAGAUAAUUUUACGGUACAAGGGACAAAAACCGGUCGACGUACCGUUUGCGUUAGAAACUAAAAUGGAGUUGGAAGGAGGAUUUACGAAUUUCUGCGGAUCCCGUUUUUGGACUGAAGAAGUUUGGAACGGAGAGACUUUAGUGUUGCCAAUAUGCUUUCGGAACAUUGCUUUUGUUUGGAUUCCGUGUGGAUUUCUAUGGCUAUUUAUGCCUUUGGAAAUAUAUUUUAUUUACAGAAGCUCGGAAAAGGCAAUUCCGUGGACGAUACUUAAUAUUUCUAGAAUGGUACUAGCUCUUUUAUUAAUUGCAGUGUCAAUAAUUGAUCUAAUAAAUGAUUUACAUACUUCACCCAAUUUACCUCCUGUCUAUAUUGUUUCUAAUAUUAUUUCAAUAUGUACUUUGGCUUUAUUCAUAAUUUUAGCUAUUUGUGGACAAAGAAAAGGAAUUUAUUCAUCUGGAAUUAUUUUUAUAUUUUUGUUGUUAAUGACAAUCGGAAAUUUUGGCUUCUAUUAUUCACAUUUAAGCAAUCUAUUUUUGGAGGUAGAUAUUCAUGUUAAUACAGUUAAUUAUAUUAUAGCAAUGAUACGUUUUCCUCUAAUAUUAGCAGAAUUUCUAUUCUAUUGUUUUGCUGAUAAGAUACAAAUUGAGGAAAAACUUGAUAUGCAGAAAGAAUGUCCUAUCAAAUAUGCAUCAUUUCUAUCAAAACUAUUAUUUUGGUGGUUUACAAACUUAGCAGUUUUGGGUUGGAAGAGACCAUUAAAACAGUCAGAUUUGUGGUUAUUGAGGCCUGAAGAUGAAACUUUGAGCAUACUUCCAACAUUCAAUUAUUAUUGGAAAAAACAAAUAUGUGAUUCAGAUAAUUCAAGAAUGAAAACUUCCAACAAAAAAAUUGAAAUAAACAUUGUCUCAAUUUUGAUUAAAACAUUUGGAUUAUACUUUUUGGGAGGUUCUUCAUUAAAAUUAAUUUAUGACAUUUUGCAAUUUGUAAAUCCUCAAAUACUUGGAUUAUUGAUUAACUUUACAGCAGGAGAUGAACCUUUGUGGAAAGGAAUCGCAUAUGUUCUUGCCAUGUUUGUCACAAUUUUCCUUCAGUCAAUAGUCCUUGGUGUUUAUUUCAAUGACAUGUUUGUAACUGGAUUGAGAGUAAGAACGGUAUUGAUAUCUGCAAUCUACAGAAAGUCUCUUCAGCUUUCCAGUAGUGCACGAAGUGAGUCAACAGUUGGAGAAAUUGUUAAUUUAAUGUCGGUCGAUUCUCAAAGAUUCAUGGAUCUCAUGACUUAUUUAAAUCUUCUAUGGUCGGCACCACUUCAGAUUAUCUUGGCUGUAUACUUUUUAUGGAAUUUAUUAGGUCCUUCUGUUCUAGCUGGAAUUGCAGUGAUGAUUUUAAUGCUUCCAUUAAACGGAAUAAUUGCCAAUAAAAUAAAGGAACUGCAGGUGCAGCAAAUGAAGAAUAAAGAUAACAGAGUGAAACUCAUGAAUGAAAUUCUUAAUGGCAUGAAAGUUUUAAAACUGUACGCUUGGGAAGAACCAUUUCGGAAAAUUAUAUUAAAGAUAAGAGACAAAGAAAUCGAUCAGUUAAAAAUAAUUGCUUAUUUAAAUUUGGCAUCUACUUUCUGUUGGUUGUCUGCUCCCAUAAUGGUGGCCUUAGCAACGUUUGCCACGUACGUCUUGAUAGACGAAAAAAAUAUUUUGGAUGCAAACAAAGCAUUUGUUUCUAUUUCGCUCUUCAAUCUCCUUCGAUUUCCCAUGACAAUGUUGCCUAAUUUAAUAACAACAUUAGUGUUGGUUAAUGUUUCUAUAAAAAGAAUAAAUAAGUUUUUAAGCCAGGAAGAAUUGAAUCAAUAUGUUACUUCUGAUUCUUCAUACUCUGAUUCCAUAGUCAUAAAAAAUGGUACAUUCUGCUGGUCGGAAAAGGAGGAUCCAGUACUGAAACACAUUGAUAUUUCAAUACCGCCUGGUAAAUUGAUAGCCGUAGUUGGUCGAGUCGGUGCUGGAAAAUCUUCUCUCGUCUCGGCUCUUCUUGGGGACAUGCAUUUGAUCACUGGAAAAGUGAAUAUUAAAGGAAAACUUGCCUACGUUGCACAACAAGCGUGGAUCCAAAAUGCAACUGUUCGACAAAAUAUUAUAUUUACAAGCCAUUUCUCUAAAAAGAAAUACGAUAACAUAAUUGAAGCGUGCGCCUUAUUACCCGAUUUUGAUAUUUUACCGGGAGGAGAUAUGACUGAAAUUGGAGAAAAGGGAAUUAACCUAAGUGGUGGCCAGAAACAACGAGUCAGUUUAGCUCGAGCCAUAUAUAAUAAUGCCGAUGUAUAUCUAUUAGAUGAUCCAUUAAGCGCAGUCGAUUCUCACGUAGGAAAACAUAUUUUUGACAGAGUUAUUGGACCAAACGGCCUUCUUCGAAAAAAGACUCGAAUUUUGGUUAGCCACGGAAUAACGUUUUUGCCACAAACUGAUAUUAUAAUAGUGCUUAAAAACGGAGAAAUUGCUGAAAUUGGCUCUUACUAUGAUUUAUUAAAAUCAGAAGGAGAAUUUUCGGAAUUUAUUCUCGAAUAUAUGAAAGAGAAAGUAGCGGAUAACGACCCAUUAAUAUCUGAUAUAAUGUAUCAACAAGAUGAUCCGUGUACGAUGAAAAUAGAAUUAAUGAGAGCACUCUCACAUUCGGAAAAUCAGUUGGAUAUUAAAGAUAAAAAACAUUUUUCUCAAAGUAUUAAUGAUGCUGAAGUAGUGCAAAGCAUAAAAGACAAAAUUAAAGAGGAAAGAAAACUCAUAACAGUAGAAUUUGCAGAAACAGGAAAGGUAAAAUUUUCGGUAUACGAAAGAUAUUUUAAACCUAUGGGAAUCGUUAUAAUAGUUAUUUCCGUUGUUGGCACACUCAGUUCUCAAAUGUUUUCUGUGGGAUCUAAUAUGUGGUUAAGUGUUUGGAGCAAUGACAAACCUAACGACGACGGAUCUCAGGAUUUGGCACAGAGAAAUUUCAGACUCGGAAUUUAUGCGGUUCUCGGUUUUGGACAAAGUAUAAUGUCGUUGAUAGGUUACUUCGGUCUAGCUUACGGCAGCAUAAAAUCGUCGUUUCGUUUACAUCAGAAUAUUCUUUUCAACAUUCUUCGUUCUCCCAUGGCAUUUUUUGACACAACGCCUUUGGGAAGAAUUAUUAACAGAUUUGCAAAAGAUAUCGAUACGAUCGAUACAACCAUACCGAUGACGCUAAGAUCUUGGAUACAGUGUUUCACAAAGGUUUUAGGUACAAUAUUUAUUAUUUCUUACGAAAUUCCCGUAUUUCUUGCCGUGAUCGUGCCAUUAUCGAUAUUUUAUUACUUGGUUCAGAGGUUCUACAUACCGACCUCGAGACAAUUGAAGCGACUAGAAUCGAUCACUCGUUCGCCUAUUUAUUCUCACUUUUCCGAAACGUUAACGGGAGUCAGCACUAUAAGAGCUUUUAGAGCGGAAGACUAUUUUAUAAGCAAGUGCUACAAAAAUGUCGAUAUUAAUCAAUGUUGCUACUAUCCAAGUACUAUAGCUAACAGAUGGUUGGCUAUCAAUCUGGAAUUUUGUGGAAACUGUGUUGUGCUAUUUGCGGGUCUGUUCGCCGUAUUGGCUAAAGAUACGUUAACUGCAGGUUCUGUAGGUCUCAUUGUCAGCUACGCUCUUCCCGUGACGUCGACUCUUAGUUGGUUGGUUCGGAUGAGUUCGGAAUUGGAAACUAAUAUCGUUGCUGUAGAACGUGUUAUUGAAUAUAGCGAAACUCCAACAGAGGCAGCCUGGGAAAAACCAGAAAGUAAACCGGAUCCAAGUUGGCCACAGAAGGGUAAAGUGGAAUUUUGCGAUUUUUCUCUGCAAUACAGACCGGAACUCGAACUGGUUCUGAAGGCCAUCGAUUGCUGUUUUCAUCCGAACGAAAAGAUAGGAAUUGUGGGUAGAACGGGAGCCGGUAAAUCAUCUCUCACUUUAUCGCUGUUCCGGAUAAUCGAAUCGGCCGGCGGACGAAUUCUAAUUGACGAUUUAGACAUUUCUAAAAUGGGAUUACACGAUCUACGGUCUCGAUUAACCAUUAUACCUCAGGAUCCCGUAUUAUUUUCUGGAAAUUUACGAAUGAAUUUGGAUCCGUUCGAUUUCUAUUCGGACAACGAAGUUUGGGAAGCUCUGGAACGUUCUCACUUAAAAAAUUUCGUUUCUUCGCUGAAAACUGGGUUACAGCACGAAAUUCUGGAAGGUGGAGAAAAUCUGAGUGUUGGCCAAAGGCAAUUAGUGUGUCUGGCUCGAGCAUUGUUGAGGAAAACAAAAAUUCUCAUACUGGACGAGGCGACUGCCGCCGUCGAUUUAGAAACCGACGAUCUCAUACAAGCCACAAUUCGACAGGAAUUUUCUCACUGCACCAUAAUAACAAUCGCCCAUCGAUUGAAUACCGUCAUCGACUACGACAGGAUCUUGGUACUGGAAAACGGAUGUGUAGCCGAAUUCGAUUCUCCCUCCGAUUUGCUUCAAAAUAAAUCUUCGGUUUUCUACUCCAUGGCUAAAGAUGCCGGAAUCGUUUGAUCCGACGUCCAACCCGGUCGCUCUUUUUAAUUAUUGUCUUUAUUCGUAAAGGAUUUUUUACCCAUCAAAAUCUUAC